AUGAACAAUAUUGAUUUUUUAAUCAAACAAUAGACUAUUUACACAUCGAAGUAAAAAGAAUUUUUCAAAAAAAAAAAGCUCUAAGUUGAAAUAGAAGAUUUUGUAUAAUCUAAAGUAUAAGUGGUAACUUCUCCAAAUCAAUCAACUAAAUAUAUUCUAUAAAUGCAAGAAGCUGAUAUUAAAUCAAUCUCAAAGGCAUUGUAAAAUCAAUACAUGAUUGAAAUUUUGGAAUUAAAAGAAUGUAGAUUAAAAUCUGUGCCGGAAGAAAUUUUUAGAAUGUCAAAGUUAAGAAUUUUAAAACUUGAAGGCAAUUUUAUAAAAGUAGCCCCAAUUAUAGAUGUUGAAGUCUUAUCUUUAAAGAAUAAUCUCUUAUUGCAUUAUAAGUCAGGAAAUAAAGUUAAAGUGUUGGAUCUCUCUUAAAAUAAAUUACAAGAAUUCAAUCUUGGACAUUAAUUAGAAGAAUUAUAUAUUGUUGCAAAUGAAUUCACUAUUUUACCCAAAUUACCUGAUAGUAUAAAAAAAUUAGAAUUAGACUGGUUUAAAUACACUGAACCACCUCUUGAGUAAAUUUAAACUUAACCAAUAAUUAAUUUAUUGACACACAGAUCUCUAAAUUGUAUAGACUUUUUAAAAAUGUUUAGCAAGAAAGAAUUACAAAAUAAAAUUAUCGAAGCAUCAUUAGCACAAGAUCUAGGAGUUUUAAGUAGUUUGGCAGCAAUUAUGAAUAUCAAUGUUUAAGAUGAAAACGGUGAUACAGCUCUAAGUCUAUCCUUAAAAACUGAUAAUUUAUUUUCUGUUAGGCAUCUUAUAGAAUUAGGAGCCUAAAUAGAAUUGGGUAGCUAUCCACAAGGAAAUAUUCUCUCUUUUGUUUUAGAAAAUAAUAUACCUACUAUUAUCAAUUUAAUUUAUCCUAAAUUAAAUGCUUCAAUAUUUACUGAAGAUAUUUAUGGAAAUUCUCCAUUGCAUUAUUUGAAUAAAUGUGAUUAUGAUGAUAUUAAUGCAAAAAUCAUAAUGAAAGCAAAAUCCUUAAAUAUUUAAAUGACCUUUAAUAUUUAUGGCUAAUCUCCUAUACAUCUGGCCAUAUAAAAAUGUAAUUAUUUCAAUGAAAUAAGCUAAGAAUUGGUUGCUUUCUAAUAUGCUUAAACAUUAUAAGAUAGAUGCAGAUGAUUUAUUUAUGAUGGCAGCUAGAUACGAUAACUUGGGUGCAGUAAUGUUGUUAAUUAAUAAUAAUUAUCCUUUUGAGGGAUUCUAAAAAAUUAACAUUUGUAGAAAUCUCAAAAUAUACAGAGUAUUAAAAAGCUAUGAAAAUUAUAUUAUUAAAAAACACAUAUCUAAGCAAAUUCCUUCUAAAAAUAGUUUCAACUAUGAAGUUAAAUUGAUGCACAAGAAAGACAAACAAAGUAAUAAUUUAAUUGAACAAAGAGAAGUUUUAGACGAAUAAACAUUUGAUGAGAAUUAAUCUCAACCACAAAAGUCAUAAAAUUAUAUUAAAUUAUUGAGGUAAUUUGUUUUAUUUUAGACUCUUUUAAAUUAAUAAUAAAAAAAUUAUAUGA